AUGGUUACAACCCGAAGUCGUUCCAGACAGAUUGCCCAAGUGGAGGACCCGAGCCGACCACUUGACUAUCGAGACGAACGUUGGAGACGUAUUAAAGUCCAUCAGGAUGAGGGUCCAGAGUUAAAAAGGCUCAAGGAUUAUAUGAAAGGUGACCUGUUGAACUAUACGCGGAAGGAAGUCAAGAAAAUCGCGAAGGGUUCAGACCGAUAUGUUUUAGACUCAAGAGACGUCCUUUAUCGUUUGACUGCACCUACCCCGGAACGGCCUAGGGACAAGCGCUCUGAACUUCGCUUGGUUGUACCAGAAGACCAAAGAUCCUACACCACGCUCACGAGGAUUUCCAGAUUGGCCAUCAAGGCAUCACCCGGACAUAUGAGCGUCUGCGUUCAGAUUUUUUCUGGACUGGGAUGUUUCAAGACGUCGAAAUGUUUGUCAAGGAAUGUACGGAUCGCGCGUCCGCUAAGGGGUGACCUCCGAAUCCAGGACCCUCUCCCGAGAAAAAAUGAACCGACUGGUCCAUUCGAAGUAGUGUCCAUGGAUUUCGUCACACACCUUCCGAAGUCGGAACGCGGGAAUGCCUUCCUACUUUUGUUUCAGGAUAUGUUCACGGGCGACGUUAUGUGUAAACCCAUGAGCAGUAUUACCGCUCAAGACUGUGCUGAAGCCUAUGAAGAGGUUGUGUUCAGGAACUACGGCGCAAGCUCUGAAAUCCGUCAUGUCAGAGAUCCCAGGUUCAUGAGUCGGGUGUUCCGUCGCUUCAGCGAGAUGAUGGGUAUCCAGCAGAACGCAACGCUCGCGUAUCGCCCUCAGGCCAAUGAUCAGCAGAAACGAUCGAGUCAGACAAUUAUGCACAGUAUCAGAGCGUAUGUUGAAGAGCCCGACCAAACCGACUGGGACGACCAUGCAGAAAAGCUCAUGCAUGCUAUAAAUGCCUCCUUCGAUGCAACUAGAUUGGAUACGCCGUUCUACCUGCUACACGGCUGGGCCCAAAACCGACGGACGUCGCAGAACGUACCGCGUACGAAUGGCGUCAAAAAUUGCAACGAUACUGCAGCUAUGCCCACGCCUGUGCGGAAGAGCUCCAGAAGAGAGCCAAGCACUCAGAAGUGGAAGGUGCUGUCGGAUCACCUCAAGUCUGGUUUCGAAGUAGGUGACUCGGUCUGGUUAUAUAUCCCGAAGGUCCUGCCAGGUCUGAGUCGAAAAUUGGCCCAUUGUGGCACGGACCAUUCAGGAUUGAACAUGAUCGGGACGAUUUCAAGUCGUCAAAAACCACGCGCCUUGUUUCCGAAACGGACGUCUUUAAGGAUUGACGUUUUAGAGGAGGAGGAUUUUGAUGCGGCCUUAUUGCUGGAGGAUAGUUGGGAACCGGAUUCGGUGCAUCAGGAGUAUGAAGUGGAAGAAAUUGUGGAUUUAAGAUGGACCAAGCGCACCCGAAAUGCGAAACGUAUCCGCGAAUAUCUCAUUAAGUGGAAAGGAUACCACGAACUUCAAUGGUUGCCCGUCUCACAAUUGAACUGUGGCUCCCUUCUGUAUAAGUUCAACCAGCCAGCACGUGCAAACACUCGUUUCGCAGCCAUGCAGUCUGGGAACAAUGACUACGCGGAGCUGUAG